GCAGGAUUCGUUCCCGCGCACACCCGAGCGCAGCGGCGGCCGGGGCCGCUCCAGCGGCGGCAGCACCGCAGCCCCGAUGGCCAAGCAGCCCCCCGAGGUGAAGGCGCGACGCGACGGCGAGGGCGGGCGGCUGCCGGCGGCCGAGGGGCCGGGCCCGGGCGCGCAGCUGCGCCCCGGCGCUCCCGCCGCCCUGCCCGGGGCCGGCAGCGGGAACGGGAACGGCUCCGGCGCGGCGCGGGGCCCGCCCGCCAGCCCCGGCCCCUUCGCCACCCGCUCGCCGCUCUUCAUCUUCGUGCGGAGGUCGCCGCUGCUGCCGCGCUCCUCCAGCGGGUACUUCUCCUUCGACGCCGAGCGCAGCCCCGGGCCCCUGUGCUGCGACAAGGCCACGCAGACCCCCAGCCCGCCCUGCCAGGCGCUCAGCCACUGCCUCAGCGCCAUGGCUUCCCGGUGGCACUCGGUGGCGGAGGACGUGCAGCCCGAGGUGUGGAUCGCGCAGGAGCUGCGGCGCAUCGGGGACGAGUUCAAUGCCUCCUAUUGUCCACGAAGGGGUUUCUUGGAUCACCAGCUGGGAAACCCCCAGGUCGUCAUCCUGCGCCUGCUGCGUUACAUCAUCCGCCUCAUCUGGAGGCUGCAGUGAGCGCCCGGCGCCCCCCGAGGCUCCAGGACCUGUUUCCUCGCUGGGAAAGGCUAGGAAGGCCAGACAGACGGACGGAUGUGGGGCUCCCACCCUGCUUCUCCCCCAGGACACGUGGCAGGACGAGGCUGUUCAUCCCACGCCGACCUGCCGGGCUCCGGUGCAGUGUUUUAUCCCAGAGUGGUGUUUACUUAGUGUUUCAACUUUUAUUCCUUUUUUUUUUUUUAAAUCUUUUUUUUUUUUUUUUUUUUUUCAAAAAGAGUCUCAGUGAAAACGUGGAAUAAUUUGUUGUCAUCCCUUCCUGGAAUCCUCUGGGAAACCUGAGCCAGCUGAUGGGCGAGAGACUCAGAUUCCUCCCCUGUCCCUUUGCCUCCGGGGCAUUUGCCCACCAAAAAGGCUGGGAGAAGGGCAGAGGGCUUUCAAUCAGCACUUCUUUUACCUGUAAAUACCUAAUGCUACCCCAGGUCCACCUUCAUUUGCAUCAUGCAAAUCGCCUAUUUCCUGCUGACUGAUGAUUUUUUAAUGAUUUUUUUUUUUUGGUCGUUUUUAUAUCUCUGAUUUUUUUAUACACUCUGAAUUUCAAAGACUUCGCUGUCGAACUCCAGGGUCCAAACCAUCACAACCAACCAAACACAAACCCCGAUCCACCAGGUUGCCUUUUUUUUUUAGAGAAAGUCUUUCUAUAAAACGUGUGAAAACGCUUCUGUAGUGUAAAAUAUAAUAUAUAGAAGGGGGGGACACACAUACUGAGGAAUUCAGCAAUAAAACAUCCCGGAGGCAGGAGGAGCAGCUCCCAGGACACCACGGCGGCCGCUGGAGUGCGAGUUGCUCUCAGAGCAGGAGGGUUCCCAAGGCGCUGGACUGUGUUUUCCUGGGAUCCUCUCUGCGUGUGGGGACAGAGGGAUGAGCGGGCGCGCCGUGAAGCCCCCGGAGGCAGCUGGAAAGGAGCCAGCCUAGCACGGAUCUGCUGCAGGACUUGUCUGUCCCCACGGCCUGCCCCGUGCCCGGCAGGGAACGUCCCAUUCCGCCCGGACACUCCGAGGGCGCGGUGCAAGACACAGGUGUGUGUGUGUGUGUAUGUUCUUUGUAUCCCCUUCACCUCGGAUGUUUUUGGGGGAGCUGCUGCUGCAGCCACCCCCUAUCUAUGCACAAGCACCCCCCUCGUGCCCCUUCCCUCUGGCGGGGGGUCCCAACCCAUGUCCCGGCGCCGCGCAGUUGUUUCUGCUUUCACCGGUUCCACCAGCACCGUAGGAAAGGAAAAAAAAAAAAAAAAAAAGAAGGAAAACCCAAUUCCCAAGUCCCCCGGAGUGGUUCUGACCACAGGGAGCAGCUGCUGAGUGCCAUGGGUGAGGGUUGGUGUCAGGGAUGGAUGGGCUGCAGCGGGGCCUCCCUGCCCUGGCUGUGCUGUGGUGUCGCAGCAGGGCCUCCCCCUGUGCUCCUGGAGGGGCACGGGGUGAGUUUUAACCUUCAUUGCCAAGUUUAUUCCCUUUUUUUUUUUUUUCUUUAAGGUGGGCAUCGGUUGCAGGAGCAGGGAAUGUUUUAGGAAGGGUUUUUUUGGAGAGAGUGUGGGGGGGAACCUUUGCACUGGUGGGGGGCGAGAGGUUCAAUAACUGGUGAGCUGGGCUGGGGCAGAUCCUGCUCCUCAUCCCAUGGGAUUUGGCUCUGGCUUAGGCUCAUGAUUUCCCACGGGAACCUACGUGGAAUUCCAUGGCUGUUGAUAAAAUUAAAUAAGUAAAAUUCAGCAGCAGAGAAGGGGGGUGAGACUUUUCUCCCAGUUGAGUUUCAUCGUUGCUGGUGGAUGAAAUGGUGCUUUGGGGUCUCCCAGCCUUAUGGAAUCCUGGAAUGUGUCCCUUGGAAUACACCAAAGAAUCACCGAGCACUUUACCCCCUCCUCCCAUGGAGACAGAAGACAGGUUCGUUUUAAGGGGGAAAAAAAAUUCCAAGGAUUGGCAAAGUCUCCCAGGGGCUUCUCCACAGGAGGAAUUCCCAACCAAAAGGCAUAGGAAAAUUAACCCCCAAAAAGCAGUUUUAGGGGACCCCCCCCCCCAAAAAAAAAAGCCUCAAACCAGAAGAAUGAUGUUAUAAAAUAGGGAUUAUGCCCAUUUAGUCAUGGGCUGUUUUAAGCAUAACCUGUGCUCUGUGUUGCACCAGAAGGACGUGAUGAAGAGUUUUCCUUGGAUGUGGGGAAACCAGAUUUAUUCCCGGUCCUGCUUCUCCUCUUUUUCCCCAACUGUAAAUACCCAAAUAUUUAUUAGAGUAGGGCACCGUAUCUUCAUCAUCUGAGCCAAAUAUCUGUGUGCAAUGUACUCCUUCUCCUUUCUCUCCUGUAAGUUUUGUACAGCUUAUGAAUACAUUAAAAAAAAAAAUUAUUAAAAAACCCCUGUUUUUUUUCCUAAACUUUUUUUAGAGUUGAACUUGGUAUAAAUACUGUAGGGCCUUUUUUUUUUUUUUUUUUUUUUUUAAUUUUCUGUGUAAUUAAUGCACUCUACUGUUUAAUGCUGUAACUUGUAGAAACGUUGUAUAUUUAUUUUCUGCUUAUUUAAGUUCCUGUGAAGAUUUGGUUUCCCCCUUUCCUCUCUCCUCCCUGCCGUAAGUGUUGGAUCACCUUUCCAAAGCCAUCGUGGGGUGGAUGAACGAUUGAAUCCUUUCUCGCUCCAAGUGCCUGAGCCCCCACUUCCCAGGAGUGAUUUAGGCACCUCAAAGACUUCAGCAUUACUGAAAGCCGGUGGGAACUCGGCUUCUCCACGCCCUGGGACUGUUCAAUCCAGGUUUUUGACUCCUCCUGGGAGCAGCCAUCCCCGUGAGGUCACCGAGUCGUGGCGCAGGACCCAGCGGAUGUAGCAUUUCUGACUGCAAUUUCCCUGCCUUCCUUGUGUUUUGCACUGAUGAAUUUUGGACAGGGUAAUUGCCACUUUACUUGUGCAAUACUGCUGUAAAUAAUCGCAGAUCCUUUUGGUUUUGGGUUUUUUUUUUUGGGGGGGUGUCGUUUUUGUUGGUUUUCAGAUGCAAUCUUUUAUGUUCUUAAUAUGAGUUUUAUAUGAAUAAAAACUUUCAACUAUU